UUUGGCCGACGACAACGACGACCACAAGCACGGACACGACGAGAACGAGGACGGGGACGACAACAACAGCUCGGCGUGCGACAACAACCACAACAACAACGAACGACGACAACAACAGCUACUUGACUUCAACUGGAAGACACACUCGGUUGCGGGCAAAGGGCGAGUAUGGCGAGGACCAAACAGACAGCACGCGUGAGCAAGAGUAAGAAGAACAAGCGGACAGAAGCUGCCGUGGGACCGGCACCUUCGCCGUCUAGUGGUGCUACCCAUCUCCUGCACUCGCCGUCAAAGACAUCAUCGCCGUCCAAGAUAUCAUCGCCGUCCAAGACAUCAUCGCUGUCCAAAACAUCGACAACACCGUCAACGUCAUCUCCAUCAUCAGCUACUACUCCUUCGCAAUCUUUCUCAAAGUCAUUGUAUGCAAACAAGCCAUCGAUCAGAACGUCGUCGGCCGGCAAGUCGUCGGUCGGCAUGGUAUCGGCCGCCUCCUCGCCGAUGCCGUCGUACGGAUUGGAUGAGUUUGGCCGUGGAAAGGAGAUGUCAAGAGCGAAGAAGGGUUACGGAAAGUCGGCGCCCAUGAGCAAGCCCAUGCCGCCGUCGUCAAAAGGGGGGAAGAUGAGCAAGGCUGGAGCGAUGACGGGUACUGCCCCGACUCGCAAGACCAAGAGCUCGAGGUUUGGAAAGAGCUCGCCGUCAGCUCGUGUGGAGACGCCGCUGCCGCCGCCUGGGUCGUCGGCUCUGUUUGCAGGUGGAUCAGAUGGAUCGUCGCGCAAGAAAAGGGCCGCAAGAAGGUGUCCAAGGCGACCAAGCCCGCCAAUGUCUCCAAGAAGCGCCGGAAGAAGGUCUCCAAGAGCAGGCAGCCGAUAUUCGACUCGGAUGCCGACUCUGACGACGACAUCUUCAACGAUGCCGAUGGCAACCAAGCUCUCACCGUGAUGGGCAGCGCUGGUGCGCGCAACCAUCAUGCAAGCGUGUUUGCCGACGACGACGACGAUGUUACAUUGACCGAGGUCCUUGUGCAUGACGCACAGUCCAAGUCGUCGACGCUGGCGACGCCGACGCCGGUUGCAACCGCCAAUGAUCUCAUCUUUGGCAACGAGUCGAACGACGACUCGGCGUCGAAUGACAUCUUCUACGACGCAGGCUCGUCCAACUCUUCAUGGGAUGAUGCGUGGAAGGCGCAGCAACAACAGCAGCAACAACAGCAACAGGCGGUGUCGCCUGCCUUUGACUUUGGGCCGGAGACGAUCUCGAUGGACCUGACGGCCGCGCUUCCGACGGCGACCCAGACGCUCUCGGUCGGUCUCCCGGUGGCAGCGGGCUCGGGCGGUCCGCAGCAGCAGCUUGACUUUGUCAUUCAGUCGCCGUCAGUGGAGAUCAUUCCGUGGUCCGAGUUGGAGAUCCUCGGCGAGCUUGGAGCAGGCGGGCAGGCAUCGGUUGUCCACGCCUCGUGGCGGUUCACCGACGUGGCGGUCAAGGUUGUUGCCGGCGUCCAGUCCAAGGCACAGGUGGUCAUGCUCCUCGAGGAAGUUGCCGUUCUCUGCACGCUCCGUCACACCAACACCAUUCUCUGCAUGGGCGUGUGCUCUGAGCCCGAGGCCUCGCGCAUCGCCAUUGUCACCGAGUACAUGGCCGGCGGCGAUCUGGCGGGUCUCAUCCACCGCCCGCAGACGCCGACGCCGGUCGAGACCAAGCUCCGCAUUCUGUUUGACGCUAACCGCGGCCUGCACUACCUCCACGCCACUGAGGCCGUCCAAGUCCACCGUGACAUCAAGCCAUCCAACAUUCUGCUCACUGACCGGCUCGACGCCAAGCUCGCCGACUUUGGCAUUUCAGGCACCAAGUCGGCUGCCACCUCGGGUAUGCUCACCCACCGCUACGCAUCACCAGAGAUGUUGGCCGGCAAGCCCGCAACCUGGGCCGAUGAUAUGUACGCCAUGGGCCUCGUCAUGGUCGAGCUCCUCUCCGACGGCGUUCGCCCGUUUGCCUGGCUCGCUGACGCCCGCCAGCGGACCACCGACAACUACUACGCGCACCCGUACCGCCCGGCUGACGGCAGCGCCCCGGCAUCUGACUACGUCCCGCUCGAGUUCAUGUCACCUUGCCUCCCAGACCUGGUGGCAAUCAUCGCCCGCUGCUUUAGCGAGCCGGCGAGUCGGCCCACAACCGCCGACGUCCUCAACUCUCUCAACAAGGCCCGCACCGCCGUCAAGCGCGGCACCCACGUUCCCGACUCGCCACUGAUGCGCAAGCGGCACGAGGCCGGCGUGUUUGGCCCGCCUGCUCCCCAGCCGCAGACUUACCAGCCGCCACAGGCCUACGGUCAGCAGCAGCAGCAGCAGGCCUAUCAGCAGCAAGCAUCUACAUACAUGCCCCAGAUCCCGGCCUCACGCAUGCAGCAGCCGGCGUACGACAUCGCUACCCCCGAGCUUGCUCCCACUAGCAGUUCUGGGCCAGCCCGCCGCUCGGCUGGCCAGCAGUACGACGUCCGCAACAUGAUGAUGCCGCCAAGCUACGGCAACCGCAGCGAGACGCUGACCUCGACGACUCAGAGCACAACAGGUGGUGGCUCGGGCACGUACUCGUCAUCGCCGAUGCCUCUGCCGGUGUACACCAGCAACUCGACCGCCACCGGCACGUUUGGCUCGUCGUCGGGCACCGCGCCAAUGUCGUCCACACCUACGCCCGAGGCCCGCGAGCAGCAUGAGCGCAGAUACUCGAUCUCCAGCUCACCCGAGCUGGCUGUCCAGGCUGAAGCGCCACCGGCCAAGAUGCAGCUCCGUCGCCAGACCCGCUCCAAAAAGCGCUCUGCGGGACCGUCGUACCAGCAGGCGCCGCCAACGGCAGCGCCGGCCAAGGUGUCGUCGCGCCGGCGCAAGUCCAAGUACUGAAGAUGGAGGAUACAGGGUACAUGUGUAUUUGGAGGGAGGAGAAUGAAGGCGUAGCUGGACUACACAAAGCUCACGUUCCAGAUCUUGACAAGGC